AAGAUCAUCAAUUUUGUACUGAAAUUCUAUGACAAGACAUCUCAAAAUUGAUUGAUAACUUCUUUAGCACCAUCCAAAUCAAAAUUGAGGAAUUGGGAUGAAUCGAAACCAACCCUGCGGAUGAUGUGAGCGUCAGUGGCCUCAAGUUCACGAUUGAAAUUGUGAACACGUAUCAUCGUCUACAAAAUGCUUCUGAGCACCUGAAAGUUGGUCAAGAAUAACUAUUGAGGUCUUUCAUUGUUUCAUUGUAAGCCAAUUUGCCUUUUUACCUCCUUCUCCUUCUCCAAAUGGAUGAACAUUCAAUCCAUGAUUCUCUUCUCUUACGCCCUGAAGAUGUUAGUGAUUAUGCCAAAAAGUCUCCAGCCUGGGCAUCACUCGUUAAGUCCAUUCUCAGGUCUUUAAUGUGGGGAAUUUUUGUUGCAUGGGUUACCAUUAUCUUCAUUUACCCAUGUGAUUUCUAUACAAAAUUGAAUACCAAGUUUCUACUGUCAAUAGAAAGAACUUUGUUUGGAAUCACAGGUGCUGUGUUUUUGCUUUAUAGUGGUCCAAUAAUUGUCAUUGCAAUUCUUGCCAUACUGUAUCUAAUCAUUCGUGGCGACGAAGAAUUGCAAGAGAAGAAAACAUCAAAAUCACCUCGUUAUCGCCUUUGGACUUUCCCGAUUAUAGUUGAUGGACCGAUAAGUGUUAUUACAGCUUCUGAAUUGAUUGGAAUUUCCCUAUUUUCGGCAUAUGUUGUUUGGGCUUCUUCUGUUUACCUUUUGAAGAAUUUUCAUAUUGUUCUCAGUUAUCAAUUGGCUUUCAAAGAGGCAAGUAUCAAAAUGUUGGAAUUGAUGGGAUUACGCUUUGGUGCGAUUGGAAUGUUUUGUAUGUCAUUUCUCUUUAUACCAAUUUCAAGGGGUUCGGUUCUUCUUCGGCUUAUAGAUAUACCAUUUGAGCACGCAACAAGAUACCAUGUGUGGCUUGGACACCUUACAAUGUUGAUAUUUACUCUUCAUGGUCUAUUGUAUAUCGUCGGAUGGGCGUUGGAUGGUCGCCUCUUAGAAGAGAUAUUACAGUGGAAGAACAUUGGUAUUGCAAAUCUUGCUGGAGUUAUUAGCCUUUUAGCCGGUUUACUAAUGUGGGUGACUUCACUUCAUCCGGUUAGGAGGCAAUAUUUUGAAUUGUUCUUCUACACUCAUCAGUUGUACGUAAUCUUUGUGGUUUUCUUCGCUUUACAUGUUGGUGAUUUCGUCUUCUCUAUAUCGGCUGGAGGAAUAUUUCUUUUCAUGCUAGACCGAUUCUUGAGAUUCUGUCAAUCCCGAAAGACUGUGAAUAUACUUUCAGCUUCUUCCCUUCCAUGUGGAACCAUAGAACUAGUCCUCUCGAAACCUUCACAUCUGAAAUACAAUGCACUCAGCUUUAUAUUCCUUCAAAUACGGGAAUUGUCAUGGUUGCAAUGGCAUCCAUUCAGUGUAUCAUCCAGUCCACUCGAGGGGAAACAUCAUAUGACCAUCCUCCUUAAGGUUCUUGGAGAAUGGACAGAUAAGCUAAAGGGAAAUGUGUCAAAUAUUCUCGAUUAUAAGCAUGAUGUGAAACAGUCGCAGCCUCGGCUUAGCUUGACAGCUUCGGUUGAGGGUCCUUAUGGUCAUGAAUCGCAGUAUCACUUGAGUUAUGAGAACCUUAUUUUGAUCGCGGGAGGAAUUGGAAUAUCCCCAUUCCUGGCCAUAUUAAGCGAUAUUCUCCACCGCAUUAGGGAUGGGAUACCUUGCAUGUCAAGAAACAUAUUGGUAAUUUGGGCCGUGAAAAGUUCAGAUGAGUUUCCUAUUCUUCAGACUCUCAACAUUCAAUCAAUAUGCCCAAAUCAUUCGGACAUGCUAAAUCUCGAUAUUCAAACAUAUGUAACGCAACAAUCUGAGCCUAACCUGGAAAAUGGGAAGAUGAACAAUUGUGUUUAUUCCCCGAUCUUCUUCACUCCAAGCAAACAAGGUAUUUCCUCUUUGGUUGGAACGGGGCAUAUGGUUUGGUCCGGAGCUUAUGUUGUAGUCUCGAUAGUGGGGUUCAUCGCAACGGUUGCUUUGUUAGAUGAAUACUAUAUAAACCCAUUUAGUAUUCAAUGUUGGUGGUACAAAGGGCUUCUCUUUGUUGCUUGCAUGGUUGCAAGUGUUAUUGUCUUUGGUGGUGGUGUGGUUGGUUUAUGGCAUGUUUGGGAUGUGAAAAACUCUAAGAGAGAGGCAAAAAAAUAUGAUGGGCAAAAACAUGCAAAUUCAAUGAUUACCGAUUCAAGGGUACUCGAGGAAGAAACAGUUGGAGAUAGUAUGGGUAGUUUAAAUAACAUCCAUUACGGUCGUAGACCAGACUUCAAAGGAAUAUUUAAAUCAGUUUCAGAUAGUUGGGGAUGUGUGGAUAUUGGUGUAAUAGUGUGUGGGCCUCCAUCUCUUUCGUCAAGUGUUGCCAAAGAAUGCAGAUCACACAGCUUUAGUAGAAAACAAAACCACCCAAUUCUCCAUUUUCAUAGCCACAGCUUUGAUCUUUAAUACUUUUUUAAGAAGAAUUCAAAUCCAUAUUACUAGCUGCUACUGAAUUGCUGGAUUAAUGUGUAUAUAUAGUUAAUUUAAAAGCAUCGGAUUGAAGUCACUUCAUGAUGAUGGGUUGCACUAAAAACUGGUCGGAAGAUCCUAGUUAAAAAUGGAAGAGUUAAUUAUGUGUUAAUACUAUGAUACAUGUUGUUAUAGUAUGGUUCCUUAUGUUUUCUUCAUCUGAACUCUAUAUUAUAUCAUUUCAAAUGAAUCGAUUAUAUCCCUUCUGGAUUAUAUUAAACCUUCAAAAUAAGUGUUAUACAUGUUGACAUAUUAUGGUUCCUUAUGUUUUCUUCAUCUGAAAACUUAAUAUAAUCCUUCUCAAAACCCUAUUUUCACUCAAAUUUAUUAUCAUUAUC